AUGGACUCGACUUCAGACCCGUCCCCUCCAUACUCCUUAACAUCAACCACCCUCGGAGAAGAAACCCUACCUCCAACUACCCUCAUCCUAUCAAGCAAACUCAUCCACACCGAGGCCGCCCCCUCAACACCCCUUUACGAGAUAUCACGAGACAUAGCAUCUCUCCCCCAAAAGUUCACAUCCGUAAAGUUCGAACGAAUAGAAACAGACGCGCCCUCAGAAUCGGGAAGCAAGUCCCCGGAACCACAGAAGAAGCUUAUAUUCUAUCUUGCUCAUCCGGCGCAUGCGCGGUACCGGAAAGAUGUCCCCGCAUAUUAUAUCACUGCCGUCUCCCUUGGAUCGUUGGGUAAUAUCCGCUUUGAGGUGAGUAAGUCGCGGUUUCAGAAGGCGGAGUUUCGGGCGCUUCUGAGUGCCGGGAAGAGUAUGGACGAUAAGCCGUUGUUUUGUGAGGAUGUUGAGACUACUCUGUUUACGGCCAAGAUGAAGUGGACCGGGGGUGGGUAUCGGUGGACUGAUGCUCGGGGUAGGGAGGUGGCGUUUGAGGGGGGGAAGGGCGAUGGAGGGAAGUUGGCUGUUACGGCAUCUAUGGAGCAGGAUAUGAGGGAUGCGUUGGUUGCAUUAUGGGUGUUGAGGACGUGGUAUGAGACUGCGGAGAGUAGCAAGGCUAAAGCGGAUGAACUAGCGGCCUGGAUGCCGCCCUCGGCGUAUGCAGGAAUGGAUUUUGGUGCCGUGAAAAAGUCGGGAGCAUUGGGGGCUCUCGGUGCACUUGGUGGAGGGGGCGCUUGA